UUGGAGAGUACAAAGUGUAGGUUCAGAUUUCCAUUGAAGGGGAGGAGAAAGGUGCGACAUCGACUCUGCUGAUUCGCUCUUCGAAAGUAGUGGCCACAGCUUAUUAUAGCGUUCACACACCAUCAACUUAAACAUAUCGGAAAUACAGAGAAGCGAGGGUGUUGUUGAGAAUAUCGACGACAAACAGCUCUUUACCCAGCCCUGAAACAGAAGCAGCCCCUGUGGUGGUGGUUACCCCAGAGGACUAAGAGCCAUGCUGGACUGAUUGGUCCGAUUCCUGUCCAUCCAGUGAGUCUAGAGGCUGUUGGCCCAGUGAACUGCUUAGAGCUGUGGAUUGCAUAUGGGACAAUAGCAGUGGGACUCAAAACUCUGUCCUCCUCCACAUUUCCUUUUCUCUCAGCCUGACUCUCCACUGAAACCCUCCCCCCUACAAUUAUACAGUCACAUACUCAAACACAGGCCCACACUGGUCACGGUCCACUCCCCCCUUCUCUCCAGCCAGUCAGGCAGUGAGUCGAUGGAAGGCGUGUAAUCCUCUGUAAAGUAUAGGCCCUUUAUGGUGGCAUAUGCUCCUUUUUGUCAUGGCGGCUGUUGUUGCAGAGGCCUCCCUCAGGACUGAACAUGAGGGAGAACAGAAGGCAGCAUAAAGGUCACAAAGAGAGGAAGAGACAGUGAGUGGGAGACACUGAUGCUGCCAUUUAUUUGACUGGAUGAGAAUGAGCUUCACAGGGCAAUGGAUGGAAAGCACCAGAGCUGUCACCAUGAUCAGUAUCCAGUCCAAAUGGCGCUACCUUUUCAUGUUCCUGGGCAUCCAGCUGGUGGUCAUGGCGCUGCUGUCUCGAGAGGGAUACCAGAAGAGGGUCACCUAUUUCAUCCGCAUCUUCCGCAAGCCUGACACCACUGGUGUGUCAGGCCGCAACCACACGUCAGCUGGUGUCAUCGGAGGCGAUGUGUAUGCCAACCUCUCCCACCUCUCCAAAGCUCUUAGCCAUGGAGAUGGCAUGCCCUACUGCCCUAAGACAUCCCCUUUGACAGGUGGGCCGAUCCACAUCAGCUUCCCAUCAGGGCUCACUAUAUCAGAGGUGCAGAGGAAAAAUCCGCUGGUGGUACGCGGAGGACGCUAUAGGCCGCCGGGCUGUGAGGCAAGGCACCGAACAGCCAUUGUCAUUCCCCACAGACAAAGAGAACACCACCUGAAGUUUCUGCUAUACUAUCUGCAUCCUUUUCUGCAGAGACAACAGCUCAGCUAUGGGAUUUAUGUCAUUCACCAGGCUGGAAACUACACUUUUAACAGAGCCAAGCUGAUGAACGUUGGAUUCCGGGAAGCCAUGAGGGAAGAAGACUGGGACUGUCUCUUCUUCCAUGAUGUGGACCUCAUUCCAGAGGACGAUCGCAACUUGUACACUUGCGACACCAACCCCAAGCAUGCAGCCAUUGCCAUGGACAAGUUUGGUUACAAGCUUCCGUACAAGAUGUACUUUGGAGGAGUGUCAGCUCUGACGCCACUUCACUACCUCAAAAUGAACGGCUUUCCCAACAACUACUGGGGCUGGGGUGGAGAGGAUGAUGAUAUUGGAGUCAGAGUAUCUUUGGCAGGGAUGUAUAUCACUCGUCCGUCGCUGAAGGUUGGCCGUUACAAGAUGAUUAAACACAAGCUGGACAAAGGAAAUGAUGUGAACCCGAAGAGGUUCAGUAUGCUGGCCAAGACGCGUCAGACCUGGAAAAUGGAUGGCAUGAACACAGUAGAAUAUGAGAUCAUUUCACGACAGUACCUGCCCCUCUACACCAACAUCACUGUCAACAUUGGCACUGAACACGGCCUCUAGCCACUUCCUCCAGCACAACUUCCCCCUGCCAAAGCUACAAGCAAACCUGCAGCCGAAGUCCCAGCCAAACAGGAAAAAGGGCCACUCAGAGUAAUAGUGUACCCUAAGAGACCGCCAAUCAUGUUUCACUCUGGCAUUAUUUCAGUUGGGUAAUCCUGCCAGUUCAUGCUGUAGGGUGGUAGUGACUCUCCUCAGGGGUCUCGGCUUUUUUCCUCAUGUUAAACUUUUUCAUCAAUUUGUGGAGGAUUUAGAAUCAACAUCUUACUACCUGUGGAUAGUCAGUCACUCAUUUGGGUGAUUAAAACGCCCGAUGUAUUAAAAAUAUAAACAAUAGAUAUGAAUUUCUCAGCCUUUAGGUGACAGCUCUCCACCUUGGUUCCCACGGUCCUGUUAUAUCACUGAUUAUUCUUCCAAGGGAGCUACAGCAAAGAGAGAAGGGUAAAAGUUGGACUCUGAGGUUAUACUAUAUACCAACAGUACCAACAGCGCUGGGUUCGCUGGUUAAACCUUGUGAUGCCUUAGAAUCAUUUUUUUUUUUUUUGGCUUCUUAGGUGUACUUUACAUCAUUUAGUAUUUUGGGUUUAAUGGUGCAGUAGCUGCAGUUGCCAGCAGUCACACUGUGCCACAACGGAGCCAUUGAAAACGGUGAAGGAUUUUUGUUUCCAGUUGAGUAUGUGAAGCUGCUACAGUGGGUACUGAAGGAAAGAACUUGUGUUGCUGUUACUACUAUGACUGCUUUUGACAUAACAGUGCACAUAUCCUGUUUGUGUGAAAAUAUCUGGGCCUUCAUUUAGAAAGGAUUGCUACGCAGAGAUUUUUCUACUUCAGUUUGGCUUAUGUAUAUAAAAAAAGGCUAUAUCAUGGUAAUGUUUUUGAACUGGGUUUGAAUUACCUUUACCGUAGCUCUCACAGCAAGGCCAAAGUACAGUUCCUCUGUGUAGCAUUUAUCUUGGUGGUAAUCUGUGCAUUCAUUUCAGCCUUUUAUUUCAGCAUAUCAAUUCAACUGAGUUUUCCUUUUUGUGUGUAUUUGUACAUUUGCCUUUAUCAAACUGAGCAUUUUGCUGUAAUACUGAUCAGGCUUCUGAUUCACAUCAAAGUGUAGUCUGUCUUGCUUAAGCUUUCUUUUACUUAAAGCUUUUACACUAUGUUGAUUGUGUACAGUGUACUACACAGCUCUUUAUGUAAUUGUGUCCCUCGAGUGUGUGUGCUCUGUCAAUGAUUUACACCAUGAUAAUGUGUAAUUUUUUAAAUAUAUCUUUUGCCCUUGUCCUAAAGUCAUGCACAGAAAUCGUUACUGCAGCGCAGAUCAGCUGUAAAUGCUGCAGUUGCAAGCUCAAGAUAUUGGAGUCAAAUUGAUCUCUCUAGACAAACCAAUUAGUUCAGUAGCUUGAGUCCACAGCACAACAUGACAAAUAUCUUUGAUUGCUGUUGAUGGGCAGUCAGAGUUGUUCUUCUGUUGUCACCAGAGAACAGUGUAAAUGUGUUUCAGCUAUUUACUUAAGUUAAAAGAUUAGCUUGUCCUUUUGUGUCUUAAGAAAUCUGUGACAUCUUGGAUUGAUGUAAUCAUUUAAAAACCCACAAAGUAAUGUCUGAAUGCAUUGUUAACAUUUGAUGAUAUGGUAGUGUGUUUUGUUAAAUUUCUCCUCUGGUAAAGCUGAAGAUAUUUGCCUGCAGCAGAUUGGCUGGCCAAUGUGAGGAAGCAGGCUUGGUUUCUUUCACUUUUUAUUCUUUUUCAAACCUUUUAAAGACGGUUUCUCACUUGUAAUCACCAUCCGUGACUUCAGUAUUGACUCAGAAAACCAGUUUAAUGAUUUGUCAACAUCCUUCCCAACAGUAGUCUUGUUGCUGCAUCUCGACUCUGCCCUCCUCUUCUGACAGAUCUGAUUGUUUACACCAGAAUAUUGACAGUCCCUUCUUCCUACGAGCAUAGGCCUUAUUGACAGGUGAACGGACAGGCUGAAACCAAAGAUGACUGCAUGGAUUUAAAAAAAAAAAAAAAA